AUGGAGUUCAUGUCAGGCAUGGAUGGCUCCAAUAUUCAAGCUCAAUUCAAUUAUGUAAAUUUUCCGAAUGAACAACAUAAAAGCUAUCAAAAUAAUAUUAACCAGUCAAACGAAUUGAGAAUGGAGGGUGUUCCUAAUCAGCCGUAUUACUAUAAUUCGAUGCCUAAUAAUCAAGGACCAAUUAAUCAUGAAUCGAUCAGAAGAGACGAAUUUGACAAUUAUCCUGGCAUGAAUUUUCUACACCCCAAUAUGCCAUAUCCUAACAAAAAAAACUUUGCUUUAGAUCCCAUGAUGAACACCUCUUUUCCCUCUGAAAACGUUUUAUAUAAACAAAAUAAUUUUAAUGCUGCUUCUCAGAUUGGUGGUUUGAAAAAGACAAAUCUGACCUCCCAAGCUUUUCCACCAGACACAAUAUUAUCAAGUGUAGAAAACGAUGAAAACAAUAUAAGUGUAAGUAAUAAAUUUAGCUCAUCUUCAGCUUUAAAAAACCAAGAAAAUAAAGACUAUUACUUAACUUUAAAUAAUAACAACAUCUUAGAAUGGAUACUUGAGAUCUAUGGUCCGCAAGAUUCGAUUUAUGAAGGUAUUUAUUUCGCUGUUCAAAUAAAUUUCACUGAAAGUUUUCCAAAUACCCCUCCUACAAUCAAAUUCAUCACUCCAAUAUUUCACCCUAACAUUUCUAAAGAUGGAGUUGUUUGUAUGAGCUUGCUUCAUGAACCUGGUGUCGAUCACACAAACGAAUUCGAAACCUUCAACGAACGUUGGAGACCAAUAAUUAAUGUAGAAACAAUUAUUUUGGCUAUUUAUACAUUAUUAAAACACCCAAAUACCAAUUCGCCAGAAAAUAUUGAAGCUUCUCAAAAAGCUUAUUGUCCAAAUAAAUAUAGUUUAGUAGACGGUAAAUGCUAUUCUAUCACGACAUUUGAACCUGAAGUACAUUGUGAAAAACCAUAUGAAUUAGUAGAUGGAUCAUGUAAGCAAGUCGUUUACAUCAGACCAAAAUUAGAGUGCGAAUCUGGAUCUGCACUGAAGAAUGAUAUUUGCCUUAAAGUUUAUCAUCAAAAACCAUCGAAGGUUUGUGAAAAUAACGCGAAGUUAGUACAAGAUAAAUGCGUCGAACAAAUUAGUGAAGAACCAGGUUUAGUUUGUUCUGCGGGCAGCAAAUUAAUCAACGGUAAAUGUGAAACGUCCGAAAUUGUAAGUGCUCUUCCUAUUUGUGAUAAUCCAAGAAGUAACGAAAAAUGUGUUUCACUAAACACUCAACAAUGUCCUCCUAAUUAUAGACUUAUAUCAUCACUUGAAUGUGAACGAUUAACUAGUGUUGCACCCACUUUAGUUUGCAGCCCAGAACGAAAUUUAGUUAACGGAAGAUUUUCCAUGGAGGUUACUCCUGUAUGUAAUGAAAACAUGCAAUUGAUAGAUGAUGUCUGCAAAGGAAUAAUUCAAGCACCUGGUGUUCCUUCAUGUUUAGAGCCAUUUGUAUUAGUUAAUUCGCAAUGCAUUUAUAAAGAAGUUGUUCCAAGUCUCAAAGUAUGUAAAGAUGGUGCACUUACUAAUGCGGGUUGUUUAGUAUCGAAUAAAAUCCAAGCUGUUUAUUUGUGUGAUAAUGGUUAUGUAUUCAAUCAGUAUAAUAAUACUUGCAGCAAAGUGCUAGUAUCUAAGCCAUUAAUUUCUUGUCUUGAUGGUGAAUUUGACGAAAACGUCGGAUCUUGCUAUAGACUUGUAAACGACGAAAGUAAAACAUUAAAUGCAGACGCUAGUUAUAGUUUUUAUUUAAAAGAUGCUAACCCUACAGGGCAGGUUCAAAAAGAAAAUUUAACGACCGAUAAGGUGUCAGAACAAGUGAAAGAUUUACCAAAUCCGAAUACAACAAUGGCAGUAGAAAAAAUCACGUCACAGAAUACUAAAUUAACAUCAAAAAACGAUGAUUUGUCAAGCACGUUUUUAAAACAGCCAGUUAGCGCAUCAACUAAUAAACAAUUUAUUCCUAUAAAAAAGUUUUAUGGAGUUGACGCCAUAGGUGAAGCGCUACGCUGGAUCAGAAAUAAAUCUAGCAAUUUGCUUUUCGGAAAUCAACAAUGA